UGGGCGCGUUACAGCCGCGCCGCUGUGGGAGCGGGAGCCCCCUACGCCCGCCGCCAUGCUGCCUGCGUUGCGCCCGCCGCCGUCGGCCUCCGCCGUGCCUUACACCUACUGCAGCCCUCCCCGCGCCGUGCCCGCCCGCCCCAAGUACCGAGCACCGCUGGAGGCCGACGAGCCGGUGAAGGAGCCCGCUCGCUGGGCCAACCUGAUGUACGACAGGAGAGUGGUGCGCGGCAACACGUACGCCCGUCAGGCUGUGCCGAUGUGUAUCCAUCAUCCCAGUGCAUUUGAGAUUCAAAGGCAGAGAGAAGCACGGAGGAGAGCAUUGGCUAGAAAGAGAGCAGAAGAGCAAGUACAACUAAGAACACCUGAGCCUGUGGAAGGCAGAGAGCACGUUCAUGUGCAGACAGAGCUGUAUUUGGAAGAGAUAAGUGACCGGAUAAUAGAGGUUGAUGUGGAAUGUCAAACAGAUGCAUUUUUGGAUAGACCUCCCACUCCUUUCUUCGUGCCAGCCAAAACAGGGAGAGAUGUGGCCACACAAAUAGAAGAAGGAGAGCUCUUUGACUUUGACAUUGAAGUCAAGCCAAUCCUGGAAGUGCUGAUUGGGAAAACCAUUGAGCAAGCUUUGCUGGAAGUCAUGGAAGAAGAAGAGCUGGCCAAGCUGUGGGCACAUCAGCGUGCCUAUGCGGAACUGCGCAAUGCAGAGCUGGCUGAGGUCCAGCGCCUGGAAGAGCAAGACAGGCGAUACAGAGAGGAGAAGGAACGCUGCAAACAGCUGCAGAUGCAAAUGCUGCAGAAAGAGAAAGAGACCAUGGAGAAAAUUGCAGCUCAGACAUUUGCUAAGCGUUACUUGGCUGAUCUUAUUCCCUCAGUCUUCAACAAUCUUCACGAGAGUGGCUUUUUCUAUGAUCCUAUAGAAAGAGACAUUGAGACAGAAUUCCUGCCAUGGCUGAUGACAGAAGUGGAAGAAACACUAGAAAAGAAGACUCUGGGAAGGGUGAUGCUUGACUCAUUGAUUCGUACAGUGACUGAAAAACGCUUAGAUGUGUUUAGCCAGAAACCUCUGCCUGAUCAGAGAGAGGCACUUGCUGAGGAGCGCAGGCCAACAGACAGUGCACCACAGGUGGCUGCUGAGACAGAAGCUGCUGACCAAGCAGUCACAGCAGAUGAAGAGACUGACCUACCUGCUGCUGAGGAACAGGCUUCGCGUCACAUCACUUUCCAGUUAGAGGAAGCCGAUCAAGAAGAAAUGGAGGACUCAGAAACUGACUAGCAAGCAGGCAAGUAAUCAUCCUCUCUAUUUACAGGCACUGUGGUGUAGGCAUGCUGAAGAAUGAAUCCAGUCAGCAGUACAGCAUUAAAACAUGUUUUCCAAAUAUUAAUGUUGCUGAUUUCAGGCUGAAAGAGUCGAGUGUUUACUAGUGUCAUGAAUGGCAGUGAAAUCCUAUGCUCUUCUAGACAAUACAAGCCAUCUAAAACCAGAGAUGUUUACAAGUGAGAAGUAAUGCUGUCCCACAUCCCACUCUAGAAAGACAUAAGAAGGAUAUUGAGAGCAUCCUGGUAACCUUCGCAAGUGCUUUGAUCAUGUUUUAAGAACAGAAAUGUUCUUACCUUGCUUGUUUUAAAAAAUAACUGCUACAGCACUUAAGUUUCUUUCCACUUAUGUUACUCACUGUUCUUCCUGACACUCUUCAAGUUCUAAAGAGUUCUCUGGGAACACCUGCCCGUGCAAAAUUUUCCUCAGCCUCCCCUGCUAAGGGGCUGAGCCCUGUGCUAAGCCCAGCCUUAGUUUUCUUUCUCAUCACUCUUCUUUGGUGGUCCAUUGAUACCAGACAUGAAUUAAAAAAUGCACCUGCACUGCCUUCCUGGCUGUUCCUAGGCCAGCUUUUUAAGUGGAGCAUUCCAACUCGUAAAAGUUCAUUGCUGCUCCAUUGCAGCAACACCAUUUCCUUGCUGGUUGUAGUGGUGGAACCAGUCCCUGCUUGUCCAGCCUGCCCUGUGCUAUGUCCUCUCUGCAGUACAGAGGAGAUGUCUGCUAACCCAGCAGGCCAGACCCAAGCCCAAGAAAGAUCUCAGGAAUGAUACCUGCAGAGAUAAGCACCUGCUUCACAUCUCAUACCCUAAGGAAGAUUUUUUCUGUGAACCACUCAUGCUUGUGGCUUCAAAGGCACACCCUGCCUGUCUUCCAGCCUGAGCUCUAACAUCCAGACUCAAAUGUGAUGUACAUGGAAAAGCUCACUUGGAUGGUCUCGUAUUUGCCUGUCUCUGUAGAUAGUUGAAAAUUUGAAAUAAUGAGAUGUAACCAGCAACAAAUCCACUAAGUGGUUUGAGGAUCAGCAGAUAUGCCUGUGUUAAAUUGUAAUCAUAUAUUACAGAUUGUAGAUAGACAAGUAGAUGCUUUCUGAAGCUGGAGUAUUCCUCUGUUUGCUAAGUUGCUGGUAUUUCAACAUAGUGUGAUUGGCUUUUCAUCUACCACUGAUUCCUCUGAUCAUCCAGCAAAAUAUAUUGUGUAUGAAAUUAAGGUAGUCAUUACUCACUGAGUUCCUAUUUAAGUAUCUGAGAAUAAUUUGCUUUUUUGACAUGUGACUGGAAAUGAAAAUCAGGUUUAGGCAUUGAAAUCAGUGGGAGGUUACGCCAGUUUCAGUAGGACCUGGAUUUUGCACUGGUUUUUGUUCUCACAGUGUUGGAGAUUUUUGUCACGACUUCUUCAGGCUAAUUUUUUCUAGGUAAUUAAAGGCUGUGUGACUUGCUUCGUGAGAAUUGUAAAUGAAAAUUUACUUGAAGUGUUUCAUGAUUCAAGUGUUUAAAUAAGUUAUGGCACUAUUAUAUAUUCUUAAAUUAUUGUAAAAGUUGUAUGCCUUGCAUUUUUACUUCAUUUGAAUUUAUGGUUACUAUUCAGGACAAUUAUUUUAUAUUUGAUUGUUGUAUUUUUGGAAAAAAGGUUUUAAAAUA